UAGGUCUUGUACUUUGAACCAUUCUAACGUUCAAGCAAAUUUCUAUGAAGAACGCGAUAGCUUGGGCUUCUUUGUACCAUCGCCUGUCACGCGCUCUCGUCUUCUUCAAAAGUCCUGCGAUAAAGCAACUUCCCACCUUGCAUGAGCCCUUUGGCGAAGAGAGAGAGAGAGAGAGAGAGAGAUAACAACAAUGAAGGUUCUAUCUUCUAUACUCUGCUUCUUCUUCCUGCUACCCAUAUCGAUCUACUGUCAGUCUCAGACUUCCCGGAACAUAACACUCGGCUCUGUUCUUUCUUCCCUCAACAGCCCUUCUGCCUGGACUUCUAGCUCGGGCGACUUCUCCUUUGGUUUCUCCACCGUUUCUGGCAGCCUCUAUGUGGGCAUCUGGUUCGAGAAGAUCCCGAGAAAGCCUCUGGUCUGGACAGCAAACAGAGAUAGUCCAGCCCCCAAUGGCUCAAGUAUAGAGUUCACAAGCAAUGGCAGGCUGAUACUAAAGGAUCCCAACAGCAUGGAGAUUCUGGAAAUUGCAAGGAGUGCCGAUGGAGGAGUCGCGUCGGCGGCCAUGCUUCACACAGGCAACUUCGUGCUCCAGAAUUCCGAUGGUUCUGAGUUCAAAUGGCAGAGUUUCGAUAAGCCCACAGGUUUUGAAAGCAGAACAGCAGUUGUUUUCUGUGUUCUCACCUACCAAUCUGUCUACGGGAAGGUUUUUCCUCAAGAUGCAGUCCGAUGGAAACCUGGUGAUCGAUAGGCUUAGGAAGCCAAUAGAGGAUAAUACCGUUGUCUAUUCAUCAGGCACAGCAGGAACAGGUGGUGGGAAAUUGGUAUUCAAUGACACAGGCAGCAUCUAUAUAUUGCUGCCAAAUAACAGUAUGGACGAUCUCACGCCUGCUCUUGUAAUUCCGUCGCCAGCGGAUGCCUUCUACCACAGAGCUACUUUAGACUAUGAUGGAGUUUUCCGGCAAUAUAGUUUUCCAAAGAGCAGCAGCAGUAGUUGGUCACAGUCCUGGAACAGGGUGUGGAGAACAUUCGAUGAUCCAUGCGAUGUUCCAAGCCUUUGUGGAGUCAACGGGUACUGUGCUUCCAGAGAUGAUCAGAAAUUCGAUUGUCUGUGCCCCACCAACUACUCUUACAUCAAUUCCAACUACCAAUUCAUGGGUUGCAAGCAGGAUUUCCCAGCGCUAGAGUGCCGGAGGUCGCCAGAUGAUUACCGAUUGGCGGCAUUGGAAGAUGUAGACUGGCCUACUGGAGACUAUGAACAGAUUGACUCCGUUGAUGAAGGAAAAUGCAGACAAGCAUGCCUUUCGGAUUGUCUAUGUGCUGUUGCCAUUUACAGGGCGCAAAGUUGCUGGAAGAAGAAGAUUCCCAUGCUUAAGGGAAAGUUGUCCCCAAGCGCAGGCUCCAAAGCCCUGAUCAAAGUGCCCAAAGAUAACGUUUCAUUCCUUUUCCCUCCUAUAGUAGACGACAUAGACAGGAGGGGCAAAGGCAGAGAAAAACCAUUACCUUCAUCUUUCGUUGGAUGGGUGUUGCUGGUCGCUUCAGUAAUUGUCAAUCUUCUGCUUGCUGCUGGUUUUGCCAUUUGCUGGCUGCAACAGAGAAGACCACAAAAAUUGGAAUCAAAUUCUGGGGCGCCGGAAAUGAACUUGAGGAGCUUUAGUUAUGAGGAAUUGAAAGAGGCUACGGGUUUUUUCAAGGAGAAGCUUGGGAGCGGAUCCUUCGGGAGUGUUUACAAGGGGACUCUAAACUCUGCGGCAGGGAAAUUAAUUGCUGUAAAACGGCUGGAUAAGCUGAUGGAAGAUGGGGACAAAGAAUUCAGAACAGAAGUGAGUGUGAUAGGAAGAACCCAUCACAAGAACCUUGUCCAGCUACUUGGCUUCUGUGAUGAAGGCCCAAACAAAUUAGUAGUCUAUGAAUACAUGGAGCAAGGAUCUCUAUCGAGCACCCUGUAUGAAAGCACUACAUUGAAUUGGAAGCAGAGAAUCCUGAUUGCAUCCGGCAUUGCCAGAGGCCUUCUGUAUCUCCACGAGGAAUGCGCCACACAAAUCAUACACUAUGACAUUAAGCCUGGAAACGUCCUUCUUGAUUGCAACUUCAUGCCGAAGAUCUAGGAUUUCGGAUUAGCUAAGUUAUUGAGACAUGAUC